AUGCCAGGUACUCGAAAAGGUCCAGAUAGUGGAGAGCAAGCUGGAUCUGGAAAAGUCUGCCACGCCCUUCCACGGGUGAGAACUCAAAGAUUGGGAACCGAGGGAAACAGAACAAUAUCGGUUUUGCCCCCUUUGGUUAGAAUUUGGAAGCGGGUACUGCGGAGAACAACUGCGGUGCCACAUUGGAAGAUCGCCAUUUGA